CCCUCUUCCCUUCGGUGCGUCUCGGUCCGCCCGCAGCAGUCUCCUUCACAGCGAGGUUUCACUACAGAGAUGGCUGCGAAAGUGUGCAGAUCAGUACUCCUGUUGUCCCGGAGCAGCGGAGCGGCGGCCGGCAGCCUCCCCGCACUUGUUGUCUCUUCACAGCGACAUCAUCAGCACAUAAGACCGCAGGAGGUACUGUCGGCUCCUUUCACCCGUCAGACUGUGAGGAGAGCACAUGGCCUACGGUCUGCAGCCCACUCUACAAUCUUCACCCAGCCCCCCACUGCCCUGUCUCCGCAGGUUUGGAGGGGCGCCCCCACAUGGCACGGCCAGAGACUGUUGUGUUCCUCCGCCACUCCAGACGAGGUGACAGUGGUGUAUCAGAAUGGGCUGCCGGUGAUCUCAGUCAGUUUGCCGUCCCGGCGAGAGCGCUGUCAGUUCACCCUCAAGCCUCUCAGCGACAGUGUGGGAGUUUUCCUGCAACAGCUCCAGGCCGAGGACAGAGGCAUCGACCGUGUAGCCAUCUACUCCACGGAUGGAGCGAGGGUCGCCUCCUCCACAGGAAUAGACAUCCUGCUGCUGGAUGAUUUCAAGCUUGUCAUCAACGAUACCACACACCUUGUGCGACCACCACGGAGAGAGCUACUACCCCACGAAGAGGGAGAGAGGCUGAAUGACGUCAAGUUUCUGGUGCAGCAGCUCUACACCACCCUACGCAUUGAGGAGCACCAACUCAGCAAGGAACGCGAGCUGAUUGGACGACUUGAGGACCUCAACUCUGAACUCCGCCCCUUAGAGAAGAUGAGGGUGGAUCUGAAUAGGAAGGCAGAGCGGCGUACCACCUUGGUGAUGUGGGGUGGCAUGGCGUACAUGGCCACCCAGUUUGGUGUACUGGCCCGACUCACCUGGUGGGAGUACUCCUGGGAUAUCAUGGAGCCCGUCACCUACUUUAUCACCUACGGCACGGCCAUGUUCAUGUACGCCUACUACGUGCUUACUCGCCAGGAGUAUAUUUACCCCGACGCUAGAGACAGACAGUAUCUGCUGUUCUUCCACAAGGGGGUGAAAAGGACACGCUUUGACAUCGAGAAGUACAACCUGCUGAAGGAUGAUAUUGCUGAGGUGGAGUUGGAUCUGAAGCGUCUUCGGGACCCGCUCCAGCUCCAGCUCCCAGUCCAGCAGCUCACCUCCAGUAAAGAUUGAUGGGAAGAGUGACUCCCCUCCUCUCUCAGCUCCUGCAACUUCCUUUUCCUCCUCCCACUUCCGUCCAACACCCUCCUCCCUCCCAAUUUACCCCAAACUCUCUCCUCCCCCAUCCCUCCCACACCCAAUAACCCCAUCCCGUUCUCGACUGUGAGAGUUAGUUUUCCCCCUUUUUUUUCCCUUCUUUUUUCUUUUUUUUCUUUCCUGACUGAAAACUCCAGUUGGAAUUGCAAGAGGAUAACCGCUAAAAAAAAAUCAAAGAUAGGAUGGCGAGAGUACCGGGAACUUGAAAAAACUCUCCCAGCCGAAGGAAGGGUGAGGAUGAUGAAAAGGACAACGAUGAUGAAGGAAUAAAACUGGGCACUAUGGAUACGCCUCAAGUCUCCGGAGGGACAGCCUGCAGGGAACUUCAGGGGGCAAACAGGACUCAUUAUCACACCUCUAGACACAGAGGGGCGCUGAUUGUGGAGUGUGUGUGUGUGGGGGACUUUCAGGGUACAAUGGGACACCGACCCUGGCCGAUUUGAGGGUCGACACACCCGCUUAAUCCGGCUUCCUCUUGCAGUCAAACUGUCGGCACACACACCUUCUCUUGGUUGGGGCAGGAGUCUCUAUCCCACACGUUUUACAAGGAAGUCCUGACUGUAGUCGCACCACCAGGGGACCUCCGUCUUCCUGUGGCUGAACUCUGCUGCCUCUCCCUCCCUGGGCCCCGCCUUCUCCAGGUGACGGACAGCUGUCCCUCCCAGUGUGACCUUUCCUUGCAGGAUAUAGGCAUGACGACGCCUCGUUUCCUCUUCCUGUUGACGUCCUGUAGCGGCCCGGGUCUGCGCAAGUAUGAGAGUACUACCGACAACAACAUCACUGUGUGUUCUUUUACUCCGAAAAAAAUAUUUUGGCACUUUUUAUUUUGAAAGCCAUAGUAUAUUUGUUAUGAAAAGAAUAUAAAUAUAUAUAUGUAUACAAUCAAAUAAACAGAUGACCAGAGGCUAGUUUUUUUCAGUGGGGGGAGGAGCUCUCUUACAAACAUCAUUUAAUCAGAAACUAAUUUACAUCCUCUUGAGAUCUUCUGCCAUGAAAGGUCCUCUGCUAACAGUCCAGCGCACGCACACACACACACACACACACACACACACACACACACACACACACACACACACACACACACACACACACACACACACACACACACACACACACACACACACACACACACACACACACAGCAGUAUAAAGUAUGCAUUCACUACUAACUAUUUCAUAUAUUGUCCUGACAAAUACACAAUGUAUUUCACAGUAACUACGUCUUGGUUGGGCGUAAGGCUCCUGUGCAUGGCCACCAAAGGGGGGAAUCUAUGUUGAAAUCAGGGUGAAAAUGACUGAUCGGAAUUGAUUUUGAGCAACGCAGAAUGUCGAUGUGGAUAAUGCCAUGCUUGACCUCUAUAAUCAUCUCACGAACACAAAAAAUGCUGCGGAAAUGCUUAAUGAAGGGGUUAAAAUGUGCAGUGACCAUUGUCUCAGAGAAACCCACAGGCUUGUAUAUCUGAUGAACUGAGUGGCUUUAGAAACAAGUAAAGCCUCAUUAUACAGCAGGAGUAAUCCGCCUGCAAUCCUUUUCCCACAAUAUCAUAUAUAUAAUUUCUCCUUUUCCAAUCCAAAGUCUUGUUCUUGGAGGUGAAAAAUGACCAUUUCCAGAUUUUCAGUGACCUGGCCUUUAGCUUAGCAGCAUGUGAUGUGCUUUUCAACAUAAGAUUUGUAUAGGAUUCUCCUUCACAAAGCUUAUAGACAAAGUAACAGAAGGCUGAAUCUAAAAAAAAAAGAAGUGUUUUGGCAUUUAUUCACAGAGGCUUUUUUUUUGUUUUCUCCUCCCACUGUUGCUGUAACGCCCCCCUGCUCCCUCGAAGGCAAGGCAGGGUAGACUGCAUGCUGUGGUAUGCCCUCAGUAGAAAUGUGUGAAUGUGUAGGAGCAUUAUUGCAAUUUUGUACUUAAUUGGACACUUUUCUUUGCCACAUCUAGCUGAAGUCUCACCCCCCCCUGAUUGAGGUUGAAUCAGAAGCCAUAUGUUACAUUUUUUCCAUUUUGGGAUGGUCACUGAAUAAACCGUUGUUUGGCUUUACUUAGCUUUCUGUUCUGAAGACUUCACCCAAAACUGCUGUAGAUGGCCUCUGCAGAAAAGCAAUGACUUGACAUCCCCUGAACAUGAACAUCCUGCAUGUGUGCCUCGUGUGGACAGUCGGCUGAAUCCUACUGCAGAGAUCCAUGUUUAACUGCAGAUUUUGUAUUAAAUGCAUGAUUUUAGCUCAAAUCAGAAGUUAUUCAUGCAGAUUUCAAGGCAGGAGUUGGUCAAAUCUGUUAGUGUGUGUGUGUGUGUUUUAUCUCCAAGGAAAUUGGUUCCUCUUGGAUGACUAAUCAUUUAAAAGGUAGAUAAUAAUUAAGUUAUCUGUAGAAAAGCAAUGAUAUGAUCAUUGAGAAAGUAAAUCUCUCAUUUAGAAUGCACCUUUAUUCAAAGGAAGGAACACAUUUACAUUUUUGAGAGUGGAAAUCAACUUUAUUGUGCGCCUGUGAAUGCAUGUGUCGGUUUAAUACACGUCUUGACAAGUUGGUGCAUUGUGGGCAAAGUUUAGAUCAUUCAUGAAUCCUUUUCCUCUAAUCACUGACUGGUAGAAAAUUAAUUCCGCCCUCAUCCCACUUCAUCACACACACACAUACACACACACACACACACACACACACACACACACACACACACACACACAGUGACGUUGGUGUUUCCUUGGAGAUGUACUGUGGCAGGUGAGAGAGCCGCUGUCUGCAGUCCGAUCCUCCCCUCUGCGGUUUCCACACAACUCACCAUCACCUCCUCUUUUUAUCACGCCAUCCACCGUUUAUUGCCUUGUUUUUUUCUCAUUUCUUUUUUAAAAAGCUAAAUAUAUCAAAUAUAGGGAAACUUUAUUAUAAAGAGGGUGUUGCAUGAAUGUAUGUUUACAUGGGAAAUUAUGUGAAAAAUAAAAAAGACGAUUUAUCAACAAAAAAAAUAAACUGCAGAGAUAAUUUAAGAACGUUGUUUGUAGAGAUUCCUAGAUAUAAAGGGCAGUGGACAGGGCUGCGACUUUAGAAAUGCCCUGCCAAAUCUGACUUAAAUCCCAGCCAACCAACUGCUCAAACCCUACUCCCAUCCUCACCUUAUUUACUCCCAUAAACCCCUCCCUCAGAGUGCAUUAAUGAUCCCCAAAUGGAAGGAUAAAACACCCUCCAUCCUCGAUGCACCUGUAAAGGAGGAGACCUCAUGACCUCGGUUACUAACGUCCUGGAUUUAAGUCCAAAGAAAGAGUCAGGCUUUUUCGGGGAUCACCUCCCAUUCUCGUCCCUCUCUCCCGUUAUUUUCAUCCACCCUCAGUCUUUUUUCCUCCAAAGCGACAUUAUUAUUCUAUGUUUUCAAAGUGUGUUAUGUUUUUAAUAUCUUGUUUGUCUGCACUUACAAUAAGAUGUUUUAAAAUGCCUAUAGAGUGACGCAGAAUAUGAGAUUGAAAUGAACUUGUACUCCAUUCUGACCUCUAAUUUUAUUUCGUUGUUCUUGUCUGUUUUUCUUCUGUUGACAUGAUGCUGUAAUGUUGGCAAAAAAGAAAAAUGUAAAAUCCUGUAUCAUUUAUGAAAUAUGUAUAAAAGAGAAAUGUAAUUCAAUUAUCAAUAAAAUCCUUAUCCAGUUUUUGGA